AUGUCGGUAAAAGCACGUAAAAUAGCGGUGGUUGGAUCGCGGUCGGUUGGGAAAUCAUCAAUGACAGUUAGAUUUGUUGAAGAUCAUUUUGUAGAGAGUUAUUACCCAACGAUUGAAAAUCAAUUUAGUAAGAAUAUAAAAUUUAAAAAUCAAGAAUAUGCAAUAGAGAUAUUAGAUACAGCAGGACAAGAUGAAUAUUCAAUAAUGAAUGAAAAACAUUUAAUUGGAAUACAUGGUUAUUUAUUAGUAUAUUCAGUAACAUCAAGACAAUCAUUUGAAUUAAUAGAAUUUAUAAGAGAUAAAAUUUUAAAUUCGAUAGGAAAUGAAAAUAUACCAUUGAUUUUAAUUGGUAAUAAAAAUGAUUUAAAUUAUCAAAGACAAGUACAAUUUGAUGAAGGUCAAAAACUAGCAGAAAAAUUUAAUUGUAAAUUUUUAGAAACAUCAGUUAAAGAGAAUUAUAAUAUAAGUCAAUCAUUUGAGACGUUAAUUGAAGAAAUUGAAAAAAUUCAAAAUCCACCAAUGGCCAAAAAGGAAGAUAAAUGUGUAAUAGUAUGA